AUGUCUUCAACUAGUAAUACUAUUCACACCAAACUCGUGUCGCUCAUAAGCCGAGGUCAAGAAUUGACCAGCAUUUUCUUUUACGCUCCUGUAAAAGAAAAGUGUCAUUUGGAGGACACGCUUUCUUCAGCCACUUGGGGACUGCCUUUGGUAAUCUGGGGUUCGGAUAGAACAGUGAUUCUAAAUGGAUUUCUCGGCGAGGGACUGUUGGUGCUGGCCUGUCUUCAAGGAGUCCAUUGGAGAGCUUUUCUGGGCAGCCUAUCAAGGAGUUUAAAGUAUUUAAGACAGGCCAAAGUACUCAUUGAGUUUAUGGAGGACAGAGACGAAUAUCUAGUCAAUCAAGUGCUAUCCUUUUGUCUAAGUCAGGAAAUGAUUAAUGUUAAUGCUAUUUUUAACGAUUUUGCGGACACCCAAAUGAUGAGCAGCUUUGAGGCCUAUCCGCAGUUCAAGGUGGUGAACCAAACUUUUACAGAGGUUACUCAAGUGUCUGAUCUGUACUCAAAUAAGAUGGUGGACCUACGAGGAGGUAAUAUUCGUACUAUGCCGGACUACUCAGAGCCAAAUACCAUCCUCUACCAAGAUAAAGAGGGCAACAAACAGAUCCUAGGAUAUUUGUGGGACAUCAUGGAGGCCUAUGCCCGAAAACACAAUGCCCAGCUGCAAGUGGUCAAUAAGUAUGUGGAUGACAGGACCCUCAACACUAUCGAACUCCUGGAUGUUGCUCAAAAUGGUCUUAUAGAUAUUGCAGCUAGUAUUCAGCCAAUGUCGGUGGGUGGUCUGGACCGAGUUCACGAGAUGUCCUAUCCGGUGAAUCAGGCCAGCUGGUGCACCAUGAUGCCGGUGGAGAGGCAACUCGAUGUGUCCGAGUUGCUAUCCCGAGUGCUGCCUUAUACAACUUUUGCACUACUGAUUUUUCUUUGGAUUUUUCAUGAAGCGCUGAAGGGAAGAGUGCGACGUUAUCAGAGGCUCCAGAGGAUUGGCUGGCUUGUACUAGCCACAUUGGUUACUUCUUACUAUCUAGGCAAACUACUCACUCUCUUCGCAGAUCCUCCAUCCUUACCACCCAUUGAUAGCUUAGCCGCUUUGAUAGAAUCUCCAGUGCGUAUAAUCACUACAAGACCUGAGUUCUCUUCCAUUGAGUUCACCCAGCGCACCAAAUACUCGGCUGCGUUCCGUUUGACUUCAAAGACUUUGGUAUUGAUUGGAUUGCGAAAUGCCCUGAAUACCUCCUAUGGCUAUACAUUAACCAGUGAAAAGUGGAAAAUGUACAAGGAGCAGCAGAAGCGUAGCUCCAGGCCCCUGUUUCGGUACUCCAAGGACCUGUGCUUCUACGAGAUGGUUCCCUUUGGCCUGGUCAUUCCUGAGAACUCGGCGCAUCGGGGUCCUUUGCAUGACUUCACCCUGUUACUUCAGCAGUCCGGGCUCCAUGAUUUUUGGGUGGCUAGGGGUUUCUAUUAUAUGGUAAAAGCGGGCAAGAUCCACUUGGCGGAUUUCAAGGAACGUUAUCGGCCUGAAACCCUGAAAAUCUCGGAUCUGAGACAUGUUCUAGUUCUUUACUUUUCUGGGGUGUUAAUUAGCUUGAUUCUGUUUACCGGCGAGCUAUUUGUCAGCUGGGUAAACUACUGGCUGGGCUUUUAA